AUGGCCGUUUGCAGGAGGGUCUCGGCCAGGCUUCUGGGUCCCUCAGCUCCUUUUGCUCCCAGACAGCAGGCCAGAUGGCUCAGCCUACAUGAGUACCAGUCUCAAAGCUUGUUAGAAAAAUAUGACGUUCCAGUACCAUCGGGGAAGAUAGUGCAGACAGCCCAAGAUGCGAGAAAGGUGGUCGAAGAACUGGGUGGCAAAUGCAUAAUCAGCCCUCAAAUACUGCACAGUCUACAGAAGAAUGCUUCCAGCCCUCCAAUAUCCGUGGACACUCCAGACCAAGGGUAUCAAACGGCAUCCAAAAUUCUAGACAAUGGGCCAAGUGGCAGUCAACGCCCUCCAGUGCAGGAAAUUUAUGUAUCUCAAGCACUCGAGCCUACGGAGGAGUGGUCACUAGCGAUGACGAUUGACCGUGAAAACUAUUUCCCCGUCAUUCUUGUGAGCAAGACCAAGGGGACCGAUGUGGACUCAGAAGUCACGUCCUUCCCAUUCGCCAUUUCCCAGGGCAUCACUCCCGAACUAUUGUCGCGUGUAUCAAAACACAUGACAGGAAACUCUCCGCCAUCACAAUCCUCGACCGCAAGCCUCGCCAGGAUCCUCAACGGCCUAUUCAAAAUCUUUACGGACAAGGACGGCACAAACCUGGAGAUCACGCGGCUGGCACGCACCGCCACCGACGGCAGCUUCACCUGCCUCAGCACGGCAUUCACAUUCGACGACGCCGCCGCCAGGCGCCAGCCGGAGCUCUUCGCGCUGCGCGACGUCAGCCAGGAUGUCCCCGAGGAGAUCGAGGCGGCCAGGUACGGGAUCGUGUACGUGCGCAUGGACGGCAACAUUGGCAACGUGGUCAACGGCGCCGGGCUGGCGAUGGCGACGAACGACGCCAUUGGGCUCUACGGGGGUAGGAGUGCCAACUUCCUGGACGCGGGGGGCCAGGCUACCAAGGAGACGAUGCUGAAGGCCUUUGGGAUCAUCAUGCGCGAUGAGAGGGUGACGACGAUAUUUGUCAAUAUUUACGGAGGCAAGUAUCUUGUCUGCGAUUGA